CACAAUCCUCCCUUCAUCUCCACCAAGACUGCACCUCCAACCUUUCCUAUCCGUACACCCACAAAAUGGCAUCCGGAUGGUUCGGAAAGCAGGAGCCGGACAUCAAAGUCCAGAUUGCCGACCGUGAACCCAACAACUUCUAUCUCCCGAGUUCCAACAAGUCAUCCCCUGUACCUCCGGUAGGCUAUGCUGAUCGCACCCAUUCAAAAACACACGUUCAGGCUGCAUCACUGUUUGACGUGGGCAUCCUGAAAGACACACUUGCGCCCUCGCUUGGCCUGCAUUCUGGCCUUGCCAUCAUCGCUUGGGGUGCCGCUCGCUAUACUGGACGCCUCGAAGCCAAGGACUGGCUAUGGCCGAGUGGGCAGGUAGCUAAUGCAUGGUGGAGCGCUGUUGGCCGCCGAUUAUAUCAAGGACUUACAUUGUCACAAGCUCUCCAUCGUCUUUCGUGGCAUGAACGCCUUGUUCUCACCGGUGUGACGCUCUGGGGUGGUCGCCUAUUCUAUCGUAUUGCCCGCCGUUCAAUCAAACGUGGCACCGACGACCCGCGUUAUGAUGAGGUCAAGAAGGAAGAGAACUUCUGGAAUAAGUCGCUUCUGACCACGUUCAUCCCGGAGGCUUUUUUUCAAAUGCUCAUCAGUCUGCCAUUCACCGCACCAUUCAGACAUGAAGGAGCGGUGCUGAUGGGUUAUCACCCAUUCGUCCAAAUGGUGGCUGUUGGGUUGUUUUCCACCGGACUCGCUUUGGAAACGUUGGCAGAUUAUCAACUCGAUCAGUACAAAGAAGAAGGAGGGAAAGGCAUUUUGAAGGAAGGUGUCUGGAGCAUUGUUCGGAAUCCCAACUACCUAGGUGAUACCUUUGUGCACCUUUCGUUCAUAACUCUCUUGUAUGGGUCAGAUAUGUUGGCACCUGUCGAACUUCUUGGCCCUAUUGCAAACUACCUCUUCCUUCGCUUCUUUGGCGGCGAUAAAGAGAAAGCGACAUAUCAAAAGCGCCGCUACUCCGAGUCUCACCCCCAGAAGUUUGCCGAGCUCGAAAAAUUUCGCGAGGAGAAGAAUUCGUUCUGGCCAGCAGCAAAAGAAAUCAAUAACAAAUGGUUGUGGACUGUGAUUGGAAUCGGUGGAAUCGGCGUUGCUGUGGAAGAGGCCUUGAGAACCCUCCAUUAG